GGAAAUUGGAUCGAAAGCGUGGAAUCGAAUCAGUUGCAGGACGAAUCGAAGCAAUUGGGGAUAAAACGGGACAGGAAUUCGACCUUAGAGUAUCACGCUAAAAGGUUUAGUAGUAUUCGGUAUCACUUGGCUCAGCCAGACGGCGCCGUGGCUAACUGCAAUGAUCCGGUUUUACGGUCGAACAUUAAUUCUGUCUCGAUCACAUUACGUGGAAGUUGUGAAUGAACGCGUUGUUUGUGCAAUAUAAAUGUGCGAUAUAAUAUAUUGUAAAUAUAUACUGUGUUUUGAACGAUGAAGAAUGUUCACGAUAUGAAAAAGAUUGAACGAAAUAAAGAAGAUCGUGUGAAUGCUGCAAGCGAAGAAAAUUAAUACAUCGAUGACGUAUUUCGUAGCAGGUGCAUUGAGACACAAAAAGACAAAAUAUGUGGAUCCAAAUGUAGAAGUGUACAAGAUGAAUCACAAACGAAGAGGCACAGCGUUAAUUUUCAAUAACGUAAAGAUAUAUCAAGAAAGAAAUAAUACGGAGGCAUGUGCGAGGAAUCUGUCGCAAACGUUUCAGAUGAUGGGCUUUGACGUGGAACUCAUCGUCGACGCAACCUUGCAAGUGAUAAUAGAAAAAUUGAAGAGUGUUGCUUCACAGGAUCAUACGAAUAACGACUGCCUGGCCGUGGCCGUUUUGUCUACCGGGACGUCGGGUUAUCUGAAAGCAGACAACAUGUUUUAUCCAGCCCAAAUGCUCUGGAUGCCUUUCCUGCCCGAUUCGUGUCCAGGCUUGAUCGACAAGCCAAAGAUAUUCUUCCUCCAGACUUACCAUGAUUCAUCGUACAACGGAAUACACGGUUUUGACCAAUCGAUCAAUUUCUCUUUCCCAGAUAUUAUGGUCGUACACUUAUUUUAUAAUUCUUCUUGGCAAAAUACAAAUUCUUGUUUAAUGAAUAAAAUUAGCCAAGAGUUGAAGGAACAUUGGAGGACCCACGAUCUACUCAGAAUGAUGACUUCAAUCGUGAGGCACGUGGUUAGUUAUAAUCGGGCGUUAUUGAGCAACGAAAAUAAACUCCAAGCCCCAACUAUAGUCUCCACGUUAUCGCGAUUAGUAUAUUUCGAUAAAACGAAAUAUUUACUUGAAUUGUCGAAAAAUGAAAGGAUAGAUUUCGAUCCUUUGGAUUAAUUUGUUAAUUUGUCGUUGUUAUUGCAACAUAACGUGACAAAAUUUUUAUUUUAAUCGCAUUUUUGUCGAUUUUUCUUAUCUUUCGCUAUUGCUUUUUCUUCGAACCAUGAAAUUCAAUAUUUCGAAAUGAAGUAGACUGAAAAUUUAUAGAGAAGCAGCGAUUAGAUUAUUGUAUCGUAUCAUACUAAUUUUAUUAAAUAAAAAAAUAUACAUAUAUAAUUAUAUAUAUAUAUAAUAAAAAAUAUUUUGCAAAUUA